AUGAUCAACAACCUGGCCCCUCUCAGGCCGGAGCAGCGGGAGGGUAAGCCCCAAUUCCCGCAAGGGGACGUGGAGAUGCUGCUCGCCUCUGCCCACGAACAGAUCGACGGGCUGGAGCUGAAGUUUGCGCGUUGUGAGGCACUGUACGGGCACGGCUACGAGCGACAGGCGAUGGCCAAGGCGCUCGAGCUGGUCGCCUGCUUGAGCUCUUCGCCGCCCGACCUGUCUGCCGCGGCCGCGCUGCUGAACUUUGACGGCAAGAAGCGUAAAGUAACGGCGAGUACAGCCCCUCUGGUUAUCCACGUCAACAUUGCCCCCCUCUCCCGGGACGCCAAGCUAGUCGAGGUGUCCGAGCAUACGAUACGCACCUUCGAACGGGCCCUCUUCCUCGCCAAGGAGUCCGAGCUGCUGCUCCUCCUGCGCAGCGUGCAAAUCGGCCGUGAGGAGCUCCCGAUAAUCCGGGAACGAGCCACCCGCCUCCAUGCCAAAGCCUCAAAACCCUCGCUCCAUCCCCCAUCCGUGGCCCUCUGCCACUACAUCUACGACUCGCUGUCGUACACGUUCAACCUGUUUCCAAAUGGGCCACACGGGCCGAGCUUUGGCACUCCACAGGAUACGGGCCGCGAGCCCAGCGACGACAUCCUGGCGAUGAAGCUGGCGUUGAGCGCACUGGGGAGUAUGCAGGUAUAUUCUGAAGAGGACUGCCCGAUGUUGGCCGAGUCGAUUCGACGGCAGAAGGGCGAGCUGACGAUGGCCUUGCUGGCGAGGCAUCGUGAUUCGAAUGAGAUGAUUGGCCAUGUUCUGGAUAAGCUGCUGGAUCCGAGGAUACAUUUGAUGUAUAAUCCAAUGCGCCACCAAUCGAACGCGUGCUAUUUCCUGGAGCAAGAAUCCUCCUACGUACGCCAUUGUGCGAAAGGAGCACGACCUCACUAUCCCCUGAACCAUCGACUGGAGACCCCCCAAGACUCGUCGACCCCGGGCACGGCACUGGUAUCCCGCUCUGCCUCAUGCCAAUCGGCCGAGAGCUCGGGAUCGGAAGCGGCUGAGCCGGUUGAGGAGGAUGAGGUCGAGCUGGUGGCCAGGAUGAUGGCACGAUGCCCACAAACUUCGGCCCUACAACGGCAGGCUUCAUCUUCGGAUUCGAAUGAGAGGAAUAGCCCGCAGCCGUCAGUGUCGUCGGCUGGGUUGUCGGUUGGGUGUAAUGAGGUUACCGACACCGACGACUCAAUCGGUCUCGAACUCUUCAAAAAGCGCUCACGAUGGGCAUCACUUUGUGGUGGUGGAGGGCGACCCAGCGAGGCCCUCGUCCACUUCUACAUGGAAUUGGCGAAGAAGGUGCUGGUCGAGGCGGGCGGAUCUCAGCGGAACGACCACUUCAACCUCCCUCCCAAUCAACCCAACAACCCGAAUCAUCAUGCGAACAAUCGACGGCUCUACAUUGCUUCGUUCCUGAUCGGCCUCUAUGCGCUGGGGCUGAACAACGAGUUUGUGAACACGAAUUGGCAGACGAGAAACUACAGUACGCAUGUGUCAUGGUUGACCGACCAUAGCAUGGAUAUUGGUGUGGCCGCCCUGGAAAUCCUAAAAGACACCUGGCGACGUCAUCUGAUCCCGCAGGAAGUGGCUAUCAUCGCGAGCCAAGCGAGCAACAGCCGUGAUGCUCAAACAGUGUCACAUGGAGCUGAACUGGCCAUGUCGGCGUUGUCCGAUCUUGCUCUCAAAGAUCUGUGUGUGAGAGGCCUAUUGCAAUGCAGAGCAUUCACCACCAACUUUGGAGAUGGCAUGCCGGGCUGUGGAACAGGCUGCCGCUUCAGCUUC